AUGAAAGGCACCUCUAUCUUCCAGUUCAAGUCAUGGCCCAAGAUCCACCAGCCGCUGCCUCGCACCCCGCGUGAAUCCCAGCAACUCCUCAACGCUCUCACCUCGUCCUUUCGCCGCCAGCUCGACCACGCAUACCCGGCAUCCAAUGUCUCUAACCAUAAUGAAGGCGAUCGGCAGCCCUUGAAUACCGAGUCGUCAGCUCAUGCAACUGACAAGCAUCUGCAUAAUAUUCUGGAUAACCCUUUGUUUCGAAUUGUGCCCCCGAAACCGACACUAGUGUCUCAUGAUCGCAACGCGCUGCGCAGCGUGGAAGAACAGAGGCGAUUGGCAGAAGAGCCCAUGUUGGUAUUUGAUGAGCUUGUAGCGUCGGGUUCAGCCACUGUGCCAGCCGUCACUGAGUGCUUGAAAUCACAGCUUGUCCUUGCGCGGUCUCGUGAUGGUCACGGAGUGAGCGAGGCCAUGAAAGCCUCAAGAGCCGCUUCAAGGGUAGUGAAUUGGUUUUGGGCCUCGGACGGCGCUUCUAGGCGGAAGCUUUUACAGUCGCGACCCUGGACCACCGCAUUGACCAAAUUCAUGGUUGCUGAGGGCCUUCAUAACAACGUAUUGGAUUGGUUGAGACUGCUCAUCAAUCGAGACCUUGGCGGAGACAACGGCUUGAUCAUAGAAGGGCUCGCCCGGCAUACUUUCAGCCACCUCCUUAUCGAUUUUCUGGACGCGGAGAUUCGAUAUGGGAAUGGUUUCGGCUCUGCCCUAAAGUUCUACCUGCGCGCGUGUCAAUUGCAUUUUGCCUCUCCCCAAGCUGAUGCGUCCGCCGCCAAACCAAUGCUGUUGGCAGCAGGUGCUCAACUGAGCCGGGUGGCUAUGGACCAGAAGCCAUCUAUUGAAAAUGUCUCGAUCUAUCUGUAUGAAGAGUUUAUGGAUGUGAUCUCUACCCUGACUUCUACUCGGUCGCUACUCUUCGCCUCCGUGGCAGUCUGUCAUCCCUCGCAGCCUGACCCCCAACCUUUCAUUCGCAUCGUGGAAACACUCUCACCGAGCAAGUUUCAGAAGUACAACACAGCCAGGCGAGAUGCCUUCCUCCGAGUCGGCUGUGACGCCCUUCGCAUACUCAUGGUCGACCGGGACAACUACCGAGGUGCCACCAAACUGGCGCAGCAAAUGCAACAUCUACUUCCAAAUACGACAGAUACUACCGCCAACGGGAAGUCCCGCAACCGCGCCUCCUCGGAGGACUAUCUACUCAAUCGUCUGGACUUGAACAUGACUUGA